AAUACAAGUAAAAUUAAAUAAAAACAAUAAGGACAUAUUAAUCAUUUAUACACAGAAAUCAUAACGAAAACAAUAAAAAUAAUAAUAAUAAGGAAAAUAUAAAACGAUAAGUAUAAAAAAAAAAAAUAACAAAAUGAUCGCUAACGAUUGGCAUAAAUUGGAAAAAUUUAAACAAAAAUCAUCAUUUCGUAUUGCAAUGGCGGUAUUUAUAUUGAUUACAAUACUUUUAAAUUUACCAUCAUCAGUGAAUUGCAAUAAUAAUAAUAAUAAUAACAAUAAUAAAUCAGUUGAAGAUACCGAAGAAAUUUUAGAAACAGCAGAAGCAUCAGCAGCAGCAUCAUCAUCAGUAAUAACAACAGAAACAACAACUGGUAUAACAGAAAUAGAAGAAGAAUAUAAUAAUAAAAAUAUGAACUUGCAUCGAAUUCAGACGCCGGAAGGUCUGGAACACAGAUCUCUUGAAUUGGAACAUAGAUCUUUGGAAUUAGAAAAUAGAUCACCAAUUGAAUCGGAAGUCAGGCCAUUAUUUACACCGCGUGUUGAAUAUAAUUCAUGGCAACCAGUAGGACGAGGUGAUCCAUUAAAAAAUGAUCCAACUUAUGAUUAUAGUCCCCCAGUGGUUGAACCUGUACGUUAUUGGGCAGAAAACACAAAAAAUGAAAAUAAAGCAAAUUCAUUAACAAAUAAUAAAGAAACGGCAAUCAACAAAGAUAAAAAUGAAAUUUUAAUCUUAGGUGUACCAGCAAAAAGACAAAAUUAUCGUAAAGAAAGUAAAUAUAUAGGCCAUGAACAAUCUAUUCAAGCAGAACCAUUCAAACAACAAUAUGUACAAGAAAAUCAAAAUCAUCAAACAACAAAAUUACAAGGAACAAUUCGCCGAAGUUAUUCAUAUGGACACUAUCAUAAUUUACCAACAAGAUUAAUGCCACCACCCAUGCAAACUAUUGCUCCACCAUCCACUAUUACGUCAGUAAACAAAUUAAUGCCUACAACAGAAACAUAUUAUCAUACAUACCAUCAUCAUUAUUCGUCAAUGCCUCCAACUUUAAUGACAUAUACAGCUAAUUCUAAUAAUAUUGGUCAUAAAACUAAUGGGAAUACCGCUUCAUAUUUUCAGCAUUCAUCUUCUGCACCUGCAUCAAAUCCACCAACUUGGAUAUUUAACAAACCGCCUUAUGAUACAAGGAAUGCUGAGUCUAUAAGUUAUGUUAGUAUUACAAAACCUGAAGCAAACGGUAUUCCAUCAGCACAACAAGCAUCAAGUUCCAUUAACGUAAAGCAACCAUAUUUUAAAAGAAAACCUUGGAUUCAUGAAUUACUUUCAAAAGAAAUCACAAAAUCACCACCAUUAGUAGAAGGAGUAAAUUAUGUAAGUUUGCAACCUUCAAAAGUUCCAUCAUCACCACAAUCACAACCACCAAAACCAUUGCAACCACAAUCGCAAUUAUAUAUUCAUCAACCUAUUAAUACCUUGAGACCAGUACAAGCUAAUGUCACAAAUAUAUUUGUUCCAAUAAUGACUACUGAACCUCCAAUAAAAUCUACAACUUUGCUAUUAAUAACAUCUACUUCACCAAAAUCUAGUACUGCUGGUACUACUUCUGAACCAAUAACUCCAAAACCUUCCCCAACUUUUAUUCAUUCAACUUAUCCUUCUAAGACAACAAAUACUAAACUUAUGACAACUACAACAGCAAUUACUGCAAAAUCAACUAUCCUAAGGCCAAGACCAACACAAUACAUUAUACCCAAUCAAUCCCAAACAAUGACUACCCCUAAAAAUAAAUUGACUACAGACGUUUUAUUCUCUCACUAUAAGCAACCAGAAAGACCACUAUUUGGACCUUUAUAUUUAAUUAUUGAAGGACAUUCGAAAGUCAAAACAUACGGAUUAAAGGAUAAUGACACAAAAACAGUUAACCAUGAGCCCAAAAUUGUACCAAUACAAGUACCGGAUAGAGAAGCAGUUGUCAAAAAACAUGUAGUCUUAAAAGAUGAAAAUGGACAAGCAAUAGAAGUUAAACAUUUACAUAAUAAAAAACCUGAAAAUAAGGAGCAAAAUAAAAGCGAAACAUUGCAAAAUAAUCAUAUUGAAAAUGAAUCAGAGUCAUUAAGUCUUUUAUCAUUUUUAGACUCUUCACUUGGAAGUUUAUUUAGAGACGACAGUACAGCAAUUUCGCAAAGCAAUGUGUCAACAACAACAACUCCAGAAACAUCAUCAACAACGGAAUCAGUUACACAAAAAUUAGAAACAAGUGAAAAAUCAUCCAUGAUUUUUGUAACAACAGUGCCACCUUCUAAUAAUGAUAUUACGUCUGUUACUAAAACAACUGUUUUGGAACCAAUUGAUGCUGCCCUAAUUCAAGAAUCAAAAGAAAACAGACAAGUAUUUGAUUAUGACCAAUUUGAAAAACCAGCAAGUAUUUUUGAUUUUUUCAAUACUAGUGAAGAAUAUAAUGAUUACGAUGAGGUAGCUAGAGAAAAUGACCAAAAUUUAAAUGAACAUGAAAUGUUAAAUUCAGAUAGCCAAGAGGAAUCCAAUGAGAAAAAUAUGGAAUUAAAUAUGUCUGAAAUGCAUAUUCGAUCAUAAAAUUGCAUUUAAAAAUUC